AUGGAUAUAGUCUCGAGUGGAGAUAAACCCUUAUUAUAUGCCAUUGAUUCCUAAAAAUUAUAGGUAAACGGAUUAAAUUCAGCAAAUUUAGAAUUUGAAAAUAAAUAUGGAAUAUUCGCAAUAUAUCAAAGUAAUCAAAGACAUUUAGACCUAAAAAUACAAGGAAAAAUCAUCAUCAGAGAUCAGAACACCAAAUAUAGAAUGGGAGGAUUUCUUUACAUAAAUGGAUAAAAUAUCAAUGCUGACUUGACUGGUGAUUUCUAAAUUCAUAAUUCUUCUGUAUAGAGAGGAUUAAUAGCUUAAAUAAUGGAUGCCAACUAAUUCAAACUCUCUAAUUCAAACAUAAGUAGCUCAUCUUAAUCCAACUUAUUAUAUUCAGUUUCCCAAAUAGUUGAAAUUUCAUUGUUAAACAAUAGUAUCAUCCAGUCAAAUAAAUCUUAGAUACCAAAAUAAUACUUUGAUUAGACCAAAUAUACGAUUUCAAUGUUGGAUAUCAUUAAUGAAGAUCUUUAUGUUUUUGAGUCAUCAUUCGUAAUAAUUGGAGCAAAAAAUGUUUACUCAUUAAAAAACAAAUUUAUUAAUUCCUAAUUUUCAAAAAUGGGUGGACAUAUUUAUCUUGAAUAAACUAACUUUUUCGACUAAAAUUCACUCUUUAUGAAUGGAUUAGCUUAUAAUGGAGGGGCUAUAUAUUGUAGUUAAUGUGAAAUGACACUUAAUGGAACAAAUUUUAUUGAAAAUAUAGCAGUAAAUGGUGGAUGUAUCUACUAAGGAAAGUAAUCUUAAAUAAUAAUGACUCAGAUCUUUGUAAAUAAAUCUGCUGGAUAUGGAAUGGGUGGAUUUAUCGCUUCUGAGAGUGAAAGUUAAAUGAAAUCUAGAAUGCUCGAUCAAGAUUCGCUUUAUAUUCCUAAAAUAGGGUCUUUUAGAAAUACUUAUACUGCAAGAAUACUCGAAAAAAAUGAUUCACCCUCUCUUUUUAUUGAUGGGCUAUAAAUUUUCAACAUUUUCUCACUUCAAGAUGGAGGUGCAUUUUACUUAUAAUCAGAAGGUCUAUAAUUUCAUAUUAAAAAUGUUAAUUAGUAAGAUAGUGAGUCAAUUUUAGGAAACGGUGGCUUUAUUUACAGUUCUCAUCUCACUAUGCAAAUUAUUAUUGAAGACUCAUCAAAAUUCUAUGAUCUACUUGGAUAUGCAAUUGACUAAAAGAUAUUUUUUAAUUAGGGCAAUUCUAUUUAUUUGUUAAAUCCUUUAAGAAAUGUAACUAUAACAAACAUCAGAGUUGAAAACAUUGUCUCAUGGAAGGAAUAAAUUAUGUUUGAAGACUAUUUGUUUCGGGAAGACUCAACUUUCUACGGAAGCAUUAGCUUUAACACUUCUCUUUAUUUGGAAAUAAGUCAUUCUUACUUUAAUAACAUAACGACUACAUUCUCGGGAUUGAUGAAUGUUUAAAAUAGAUACGCUAAUAUCAUUUUCAAGAAUAACUAUAUUUCGAACAUUAAGACUGAUUUCGAUUAGAUAAUCUAUAUAGAAAUGGCAUAAAAUUUACAAAUGGAAAAUAACAAAGUAUUUAAUAUUACAUCAAGAGUCUUUGGUUCAGGUUUACUUUACGUUAAUAUUAUUUAGGAAUAAGCUUAUUUAAACUCAAACUAUGUAAAAUGCUACGAAUCUCCUCUUUAUCCUUACAUAGAAUUAGACAAUUUAGAUUUGAGAAAAGACGAGUUUAAGGAUUAAUAAUAUGAGGACAAUAGUUUAUAUGAAAGGGAACCAGAGUAAUACUCCUAUUAUCCAAAUUAAGAUAGAAGUAGCUUACAAUAUUUACCUAAGGAAUAUAAUUCAAUUUUAAGAAGUCUAUUUAGUUUUUCUUACGUCUAAUAAUUAAUGAUGAACAACACUAUAGUUGUUGAUUGUUUAAUAAAUUCAAAGACAGAUUAAAUGAUUUAACUAGCAAGCUAAGUCAAGUUAUUUAUCGACUCAAACUCAAACUAUAUUAAUAGCUCUGGAGGUAUUUCAAUCUAUUAAUCUUUUACCGAAACCAUUUUUUAUCUUUAUAACAAUACCUACUUGAAUACUUCAUCUAAUAAAGGCAUAAUAAUUACAGAUAGAUUAAUUCGAUUUUUUAUGUAGAAUUGUUACGUGAGAAAUCACACAAUAUUGGGCAAUGCAAAUUUUGGAUUAAUUAAUUUAAUUGCUAUUGAUGUAUCCAAUGAAGUUAUUUCUAAUUCAACUAUCAGAAAUUGCAGUUUUUUCGAUAUUCAAACUUAUGCAGGUGGAAAUUUAAUACAAAUUAAUUCUUAUUUGAUGGAUUUUCUCCUUUUAUAAUCCAUUAAACUUGUUGGAAUCUAUCAACGAGGGGAAUCUCUUGGAGGGCAUAUAUUAAUAGAGAAAAUAAAUAAAGGAUUAAUUGUAAGUUCGUUGUGUGGUUAUAGAAAAUCACUUUUCAGGAAUAUUCUUGGGAAAUCAAAGGUUGUUUUAAUCGUUAAUAAAAUGCAGGGUACCUAAAUGACUUUGAAAGAUACAAUUAUAGAUAUAUGA